AUGCUGCUGGGGGACGCCUCUCCGUGGAGCAUCGCCGGCGCGGCGGCGGCCGUGGCGCUACUGUCGUUAGCCGCCUGGAUUCUGGAGUGGGCAUGGUGGACGCCGCGGCGGCUGGGCAGGGCUCUGCGGGCCCAGGGCCUCAGGGGCACCCGGUACCGCCUCUUCAGCGGCGACGCACCGGAGGACGCCCGGCUCAACAGAGAGGCCCGAUCACAGCCCAUGCCGCUCGGCUCCCACGACAUCAUCCCUCGUGUGCACCCCAUGCUCUGCAACGCCGUUAAGGAGCACGGGAAAAUGCCAUUCACUUGGUUUGGCCCAACGCCAAGGGUGAUGAUUUCUGACCCGGAUCUAGUGAGAGAAAUUCUGUCUAACAAGCUUGGACACUAUAGGAAACAAAGGAGCAGCCGUAUGGGGAAGCUGCUAGCCGACGGAGUUGCAAAUCAUGAAGGCGAGAAAUGGACAAAGCACCGAAGAAUCCUCAAUCCUGCCUUUCAUCAUGAGAAGAUAAAGAGGAUUCUGCCAGUUUUUUCUACCUGUUGCGAAGAAAUGGUUGCAAGGUGGGAGAAUUCCAUGUCCGGUGAAGGGUUAUCAGAGAUUGACACAUGUUCUGAGUUUCAGAAUCUUACUGGAGAUGUCAUCGCGAGAACAUCAUUUGGUAGCAAUUAUCAGGAAGGGAAGAAAAUAUUCGAGCUGCAAGGGGAGUUAGCUAAACGACUAAUGCAGGCUUUUCAGACAAUGUUUAUCCCAGGCUAUUGGUUCUUACCAACAAAAAAUAAUAGAAGGAUGAGAGCAAUUGAUCAUGACAUCCGCAUGAUUAUGCGAGGAAUUAUUGGAAAAAAAGAAAGAGCUAUUAAAAAUGGUGAAGCCAGCAGCAAUGACUUGCUAGGAUUGCUGUUGGAGUCAAAUAUGCAACAAUCAAAUGGGAAGGCAGGCCAAGGGAUGAGUAUUGAUGAUAUAAUUGAGGAAUGCAAGCUGUUUUACUUUGCAGGUAUGGAGACAACAUCGGUCUUGCUCACAUGGACACUAAUUGUGCUAAGCAUGCACCCGGAGUGGCAAGAGCUGGCAAGAGAGGAAGUGUUGCAUCACUUCGGAAGAACCACACCAGAUUAUGAGCACCUGAGUCGCCUGAAGAUUGUAAGUACGAAAUUGAUGCCUUGUGCACAUACUGCAGGAUAA